AUGGGCUCACCUACACUAAAGAAAAUGAAGUGCAGACUAUGUUUUCUAGGUGCUCUCUAUCCUGAUAAUACUACGGGCCGGCAAAAGGAAGAUGACUACCUGAAGCCAGGGAAACAGUAUACUUACAAGUGGUUUGUAGAUACAAAGCAGGGGCCUGGCCCCAGUGACAGCAACUGUGUGACAAGGAUUUACCACUCCCAUGUAGACACUGUAAAAGAUGUGACUUCAGGACUUAUUGGACCAAUUCUGACUUGUAAAAAAGGGACACUGCAUGAAGACACUGAAGAAAAUAUCGACAAGUCUUAUUUUCUGGUGUUUUUUAUAGUUGAUGAGAACAAUAGCUGGUAUAUCGAUGAAAAUAUUCAUAGAUUUACUGAAUCUGGCGAAGUUAAUACAAGUGAUCCUGGCUUUGUGGAGAACAAUAUCAUGUACUCCAUAAAUGGAUACAUAUAUGGAAAUCUGCCCCGUCUCACCAUGUGUGCAGAAGACAAGAUCAAGUGGCAUUUCGUUGCUAUCGGUGGUGGGAUUAACGAACACUCCAUCUAUCUCCACGGACAAACUCUGAUCUCUCGGAAUCACAGAAAGGACACCAUCAUGGUCUUCCCGGCCUCGUUGGAAGAUGCCUUCAUGGUAGCCAAGGGCCCUGGAGAGUGGACGCUGGGCUGCCAUAUACAUGAGAGUAUGCAGGGAUUUUUCAAUGUAAAGAAUUGCCAAAAACCUUCAACAGAAGUUGCUGGGACACAUGUUGUACAUUACUAUAUUGCUGCUGAGGAAAUUCUUUGGCAAUAUGCUCCAUCUGGUAUAGAUUUUUACACUAAAAACGAUUUAACAGCGCCUGGAAGUGAAUCCCAGCCAUAUUUUGAACAAAGCCCAACCAGAAUUGGAGGAACUUACAAAAAGCUAGUUUACCGUGAAUAUACAAAUGCUUACUUCCAAGUACGGAAGGCAAGAGAAGAACACCUUGGAAUUCUUGGCCCUGUCAUUAAGGCAGAGGUGGGACAGAUCAUCAAGGUCACUUUCUUUAACAAUGCUUCCUUGCCACUCAGCAUGCAGCCUCAUGGACUGCGUUACAGCAAGAGCAAUGAGGGCUCAUUCUACAAAACACCUGGCAGAAGUACCCCUCCACCGUCUGCACAUGUAAAUCCUGGCACAACAUUUGUCUAUACAUGGGAAGUUUCAAAAGAUGUAGGUCCUACCUCCACGGAUCCCAGCUGCUUGACCCGGUUCUACUACUCUGCAGUAAAUGGGUCAAAAGAUACUAACAGUGGCCUUGUAGGGCCUCUCCUCGUGUGCAGAAGUGGAAGUCUUGGAAAGGAUGGCAAACAGAAAGGAGUACACAAAGAGUUUUACCUGCUUGCUACAAUAUUUGAUGAAAACAAAAGUCUUCUCUUGGAUGAAAAUAUUAGAACAUUUAUUACACAGCCUGAAAAUGUGGAUAAAGAGGAUCCAGGCUUCCAAGAGUCUAACAGAAUGUACUCCAUAAAUGGAUACAUGUACGGAAAUCUGCCCAGACCGAAAAUGUGUGUGGGAGACAAAGUUUCAUGGCACAUUUUUAGUGUGGGAUCAGGGAGAGAUAUACACGGGAUAUAUUUUUCAGGAAAUACCUUCACUUCCUUAGGAGCAAGGAAGGACACUAUAACUGUGUUUCCCCACACCUCUGAGACGCUUUUUAUGACACCUGAUUCCAUAGGAAUUUUUGAUGUGUAUUGUAUGACGUCAGAGCACUAUCUAGGAGGCAUGAAACAUACAUACCAAGUGAAUCAGUGUUCAAAGCCAAAACCUGAUCAAACUCCAUACAAGGAGAAAACUAUUUACAUUGCAGCUGAGGAAAUCGUAUGGGAUUAUUCUCCUAGCAGAAAGUGGGAGAAAGAACUGCGCUGGUUACAAAGAGAGAACAAAACAAACGUAUAUGUAGAUAGAAAUGGAACACAUCUUGGGUCCAAAUACAAAAAAGUUGUAUACCGUCAAUAUGAUGAUAAUACAUUCACAAAAAAGACAAAAAGAAAUGAAGACGAAAAACAUCUGGAUAUACUAGGUCCAUUAAUAUUUGUCAACCCUGGUCAAAAACUUCGAAUUAUCUUUAAAAAUAAAGCCUCAAGACUAUAUUCUAUUCAUGCUCAUGGAGUGAAAACGAACAAUUCCACUGUUGUUCCCACUAGGCCAGGAGAGAUUCGAACCUAUAUCUGGGAGAUCCCUGAAAGAACGGGUCCUACCUCAGAAAACUUUGAGUGCAUACCUUGGUUUUACUAUUCGACUGUGUCCGUGGUUAAGGAUCUUAACAGUGGACUAGUAGGCCCUUUGAUCGUAUGUCGCAAAAACACUAAAUCCAACCUAGUACACCGUGUUCUCCACUUCAUGAUUUUUGAUGAGAACAGAUCAUGGUACUUAGAAGAAAACAUCAAUACCUAUUCUUUGGAGCCAAAUAAUGUAAAUAGGGAAGAUGAUGAUUUUGUCUUCAGCAACCAAAUGCACGCAAUUAACGGAAGACUAUUUGGAAAUAACCAAGGCCUGACAGUGCAUGUUGGGGAUGAAGUGAAUUGGUAUCUGAUUGGCAUGGGGGGCGAAUUUGACCUGCACACAGUUCACUUUCACGGCCACAGCUUUCAAUUCACGGAUCAGGGACUGUAUCGAUCUGAUGUUUAUGACCUUCCUCCUGGGAUCUAUCGAACUGUAAAAAUGUAUCCCAGAGAUGUUGGAACCUGGUUAUUUCAUUGCCAUGUUGGUGAGCACAUUGAUGCUGGAAUGGAAAGCACUUACACUGUACUUGAAAGAAAAAGUAAGUAAGAGCUAUUAGUCAAAUUAAUUAGAAACGAUCAUAUUUAAAUAAAUGCAGCAUGUAUAUAAAGAUAUUUGAUCUAUUGUACAUUUACAUAGUGUGACGCAACACUCAUUCAUUCAAAGAUUAUUGCUUUGAGAUGACCAACAUACUCUAGUUUUAUUUUCUUUAUACAAAUUAGGUAACUGUUUAUGAUCUGAUAGGAGUUACUCUAGAUUUAAAUGCAUAUAUGCAUAAGAGGUUUAAAUAAACAAUUCAUAGAAGAAAUACAAAUCUCGUUUGAACCUAUAAAAAUGUCCAACCUUGCUAAUUAUCAAGUCACUUAAAAACCGCACGUUGCUGAGUCAGGAGGAUCGCUUGAGCCCAGGAGUUUGAGGUUGCUGCAAGCUAGGCUGACGCCACAGCACUCA